ACCUCUCUACCACAGUCACCACCACCACAGUCACCGCCACCUCUACCACCGCCACCACCACCACCGCCGCCACCGCCAUGUCCGACGGCCCGCCCCGCGGCCUGCAGCUGGGCCUGGUGAGCAGCGCUGGUGGCUACCUCACGGCCGAGACGUUCGGCUUCAAGGUCACCGCCUCUGGCUCGUCCCUCAAGAAGAAGCAGACUUGGACGCUCGAGACGCUGCCUGGCACCACCACCACCACCACCACCGGCACCGGCACCGGUGGCACCGGCACCGGCACCGGUGAAUCGCCGGACGGCGGCGCCGUGAGCCUCCGCUCGCACCUGGGCCGCCUGCUGGGGGCGGAUCGCGACGGGGCCGUGAGCGGCCAGGCCGAGGCCCCAGGCACGGCCACGGCCUGGGGCCUGCAGGCCAGGCCGGAUGGACGCUGGGCCCUGCGGCACGCCCAGCACGGCCGCUACCUGGGAGGGUCAGCCGAUCGUGUGAGGUGUUUUGCCCAGACUGUCGGCAACACGGAGCUGUGGAGUGUCCACCUCGCCACUCACCCCCAACUCAACCUCUACAACCCGGGGAGGAAGCGCUACGCGCAGCUGAGCGGCGACUCUGUGUCUGUGUCGUGCGACGUCCCUUGGGGCGUGGGCUCGCUGCUGUCGCUGGCGUUCGGCGAGGAUGGCCGCUACGAGCUGCGUGCCAGCGACGGGCGCUCGCUGCGGGCGGACGGGGCCCUGGGCCCCCCUCGCGGGGACACGGCCUCCUUCACGCUCGAGGUCCACGCGGGGAGCGUGGCCUUCAAGGACACAGAAGGACGCUAUUUGUGCCCUUCGGGGCCCUCCGGGAUCCUGAAAUCCGUCCGUGCGGCGUCUGCCUCUGCCCUGUCGCGCCCGGCCAAGGACGAGCUGUUUGUGCUGGAGGAGUCACGUGCACAAAUCACCCUGAGGAGCACCUCUAGCGGGAGAGCCGUGUCAGCCAGGCAGGGACUGGACAUCUCUGCUAACCAGGAGGACGAGGGGGAGACGGAGACGUUCCAGAUGGAGGCUGUUCCAGACGGCUGGUCUCUGCGCUGUUUCGGAGGCUCCUAUUGGGCCGUGAGCGGGGCCAGCGGUGGGCUCCAAGCCUCCGCCUCGUCGCAGAGCAGUGCGGCUGUGUUUGAGGUGUUGUGGCGAGGCCGCUCUGUCGCCCUCCAAGUCCGUGGGGGGAAGUUCGUCACGGCCAAGAAGAACGGGCAGCUACAGGCCACGGCCGACACAGCCGGCGAGGCGGAGGAGUUUUCGCUCCGAGUGGUGAACCGCCCUCUGCUGGUGCUUCGUGGGCCCCACGGCUUUGUGGCUGUGAGGCGUGGCAGCGGGGUGCUUGACGCCAACAGAGCUACCUACGAGUCCUUCACGCUCAGCGCCGGCCCGCUCAGCGGGACAUACCACCUGCACGGUGAAGAUGGUCGUGCGUGGGUGUUGUGUACCGACGGCUCCGUCUCCGUGAGCGACGUCGCUGACCCCACCGCCUUCUGCCUCGAACUUCACCCUCGCAACCACGUGGCCAUACGGGUGGAGAGCUCUGGUUGCUACGUGAGAGGGGACCAUGCCUCAUCGCUCCGGGCCGACUCCCAGUCUGUAGACUCGGACAGCCUCUGGGAAUUCUAGUUGCUCGCUCAGUCACUCACUUAGUCACUCGCUCAGUCACUCAGCCAGUCACUCGCUCAGUCACUCAGUCACUCGCUUAGUCACUCACUUAGUCACUAGCUUAGUCACUCAGUCACUCGCUCAGUCG